CCACCAUCUCUCGAGUUUUAUUCUACCUUCCUGCACAUUAAUUUGCUGCACAUUUCGCUUCAAUUCCUUUUCCUUCGACCAGUUAUUUUUUGUGUGAAACUUUGCAAAGAUGGAACUCGACAAAGACCAACUCAAGUUACUGAAAAAUGCCUUUGACGUAUUUGAUACGGAAAAGAAUGGUUACAUUCAAACAGAGAUGAUAGGGAUGAUUUUGGAAAUGCUUGGGCAGAGGCUAGACGAUAAAUCUCUGGCGGCAGUUAUUCGGGAGCAUGAUCAGCGACAGACGGGGAAAUUAGAUUUUGAGAAAUUCGCACAAUUGGCAUCCAAGUAUGUGGAGGUUGAGGAGGAUUUUGAGGCUGUUCAGAGGGAACUUAAGGAAGCUUUUCGACUCUACGACAAAGAGGGCAAGGGGUACCUAACGCUAGAGGUCUUGCGUGAUAUUUUAAGGGAAUUGGAUGACAAAAUCACAGAGGACGACCUUGACAUGAUGAUUGAUGAAAUCGAUGCCGAUGGUUCGGGAACGAUUGAUUUUGAUGAAUUUAUGGAAGUCAUGACAGGUUAACAAAUUUCAGUGAAAAUACCAUCAAUUUUUCUUUUGUGAAUAAAAACGACAUUAUGUUACAUUUCUCUCUGUACUGCAUCAUAAUAAAAUGAAAAGAAAAAAAGAAAAGAAAAAGAAAAUCAAUUGAAAUGGUAUAACUGAUGUUGAAAUAGAGAAGGAUCUAGAGGUUUUGCAGUAAUGUAAUAGCUAUCACAUUAUAUGUAUAAUUCAAAAAUCAUUUCUGUAGUCUAAUAGAUAAAAUUCCUUCUCUAUGUAAUAAUUACAUACAUAGCUAUACCCUAAAUGUAAACUGAAUUAGACAAAAAAAAUGUAUCAAAUUGUUGUUUUAUAAUAAUUUUAUAAUAAAACCUAGUAUUGGUUCAAAUAAAUUAUCAUGAUCACUUUGCGUUGGCUCAUGCGACAACUCAA